UUUUACCUGACGUAACGGGACCCACUGGAGCAGAGGGUCCCAGUCUCUGGGUAGGACCAUAAGCGGAGGGGAGCACAAAGGCACGGGAGGAGGCGUUCUCCCCGGUGCGCAGAGGCGGGCCCGAGGCUCGGCGGCGGCGGCGCCCACGGUGACCCCGCCCCCGGGACCGGGCUGGGACGUGAUUCCGGAGCCCCCGCCUGGCCGCUCGCCUUCCACAGGGUCCGCUGGCGGCGGCUGCGGGGAUGGACUCCGCGCAGGGCCAUGUGACCUUUGAGGACGUGUUUGUGUACUUCUCACGGGAUGAGUGGGGGCUCCUGGAUGAUGCUCAGAAACUCCUGUACCGCGAUGUGAUGCUGGAGAACUUUGCACUUGUAGCCUCGCUGGGAAUGGCAUCUUCUGGGUCACCCGUCCUCACCCAACUGGAGCAAGGGGAAGAGUCCUGGGUGCCUGACCAGGUAGAUACAACUCUAUGCACAGCAAGCGAGUCCCAGAGAGGACCUGGACUUGAUUGUUGGCAUGGAACGGAGGAUGAGGAGGCAUCUUCUGAGCAGAGUGUUUCUUUAGGAGUCUCUCAGACCCAGAUUCGCAGUGCAGGUCCUUGCACCUCAAACACCCACCCCUAUGACGUGUGUAGCCCAACAUGGAGAAGCAUUUUGCACCUGGCUCAGUAUGAGGGAAUAAAGGCCUGGCAGAAACCAUACACUUGUGGGCUAUGUGGGAAACAGUUCUGGUUCACUGCAAACUUUCACCAGCACCAGAAGCAGCACAGCAGAGAGAAAACCUUCAGAAGGUACGAGGGCAGAAACUCUGUAAAGAACUGCCGAGGCUACAUGCCAGAGAAGACCUACACGUAUGGGGAGAAUGGGAUGGACUUCCCAACAACCACUGGCUUUCUUUACCAGGUCCCUCCCAGUGGGGUGAAGCCCCAUAAAAGCACUGAAUGCGUGGGGUUUCGCAGUAGACAGAGGCAUCACAGGUGCACCAAAUGUGGGGAAUCCUUCAGCCGCAAAGACACACUUGUUCGGCACCAGAGAAUCCAUACUGGAGAAAGGCCUUACGAGUGCGUUGAAUGUGGGAAAUCUUUUAGCCAAAGCUCUGACCUUUUUAAACACCGGACAGUUCACACUGGUGAAAGGCCUUACGAGUGCACCGAAUGUGGGAAAUUCUUUAGACAAAUCUCUGGCCUUAUUGAACACAGGCGAGUUCACACAGGUGAAAGGCUUUAUCAGUGCAGUGAAUGUGGAAAAUUCUUUAGCAGCAAAUCUAACCUCAUCCGACACCAAGAAGUUCAUACAGGAGCAAGGCCUUAUGUAUGCAGCAAAUGUGGGAAAGAAUUCAACCGCAAACACACACUUGUUCUGCACCAGAGAAUUCACACUGGAGAAAAGCCUUAUGAGUGUAGUGAAUGUGGGAAAUCCUUCAGCCAAAGCUCCCACCUUAUUGUACACUGGAGGAUUCAUAACAGUGACUAUGAGUGCAGCAGAUGUGGGAAAGCCUUUAACUGCAUCUCUAAACUCACUCAACACCAGAAAGUUCAUUCUGGAGAAAAACCUUAUGAGUGCAGCAAAUGUGGAAAAGCCUUUACCCAAAGACCAAACCUUAUCCGGCACUGGAAAAUUCACACUGGAGAAAGACCUUACGUAUGCAGCAUAUGUGGGAAAGAGUUCAACCGCAAACACUCACUUGUUUUGCACCAGAGAAUUCACACUGAUGAAAAGCCUUGAAAUUGCAGUGAUUGUGGGAAUUCCUUUAGAUGAAAGUUCCCACUUUAUUGUACACUGGAGAAUUCCCAGCAGUGAUUAUGAAUGUAGAUUUAGGAAAGCCUUUAGCUGCAUCUCUAAACUCAUUCAGCACCAGAAAGC